CCUCGGUGCGGGCAACCAGACCGUGUUAAAAGAAAAAAACAGGCCCCAGACCCGGCUUCGCCUCUUUAUCAACCGAAUAAAAAUUUAUUUUUUUAGACAAAGAGGAAAAGAAAGAUGGUUCUUCUCCUCCCAUCCCCUCUCACGGUGGCACCGUACCAAUCGUCGCCGUUAUCCGGUCAGCCACGCUCAAGAAGACAUCUUCUCGCCGGGGCCCGCUGCUCCGCUCGUCGGACCCCGCCGCCGACCGCCGCCUCGAGCAGGGAGGCUGCUUCUUCUUGGGCAGGCGAGCUAGGCGGCGCCGUGCCAUGGAAGGCCGCCGUCUCCGGCGCUGUUGCACUCACACUGUCCUUCUCUUGCUUUGUUGGUUUGGUCAAUGCGAAGGCUGGGGUGAACAAACCAGAAUUGCUUCCCAAGGAGUUUACCUCCGUCAUUGAUGUUGCUGGUUUUCUCUCUUCAGGCCAGGAAAAUCGUUUGCGUCAAGAGAUAGAAGACCUAGAGAAGGACACUGGGUAUAAGUUGAGAGUUCUUGCCCAAAAUUAUCCUGAUACACCAGGAUUGGCUAUCAAAGAUUUUUGGCAAGUUGAUGAUCGAACUAUCGUCUUUGUUGCAGAUCCCACCUUCGGCAACAUUAUAAAUUUCAACAUUGGUUCAUUAAUUGAUCUAGACAUUCCCCAAAGCUUUUGGAGCCGUGUUUCAGGGAAGUACGGAAACAUGUUCUACUGGAAAGAAAAGGGGGAGGAUGCAUCAAUUGAAGGUGCUGUGAUGGCAAUCUCCCGCUGUCUCAGAGAGCCCACAGGGGCAAGUAACUGUUCUGAGGUAUUUUAGAGGGUGAAAGUUCAUCACCGAAGGAUGAAAAUAUAAGACAAAGUUUUGUGUUUCAUCGAAAGAAAAGAGGCUAAUGCCAGCAGCACAUCCUAUGUACAGUGUCUCGCAGUUUACAGAAACUAAACAUAUAAUACCAUUAAAUUUUCCAUUUCAAAGGACACGCAGCCUCAGAACCAUGAA